GGCGGAAGUAAACCCGGAUGUGAGCGAAGCGGCUCGACGAACGACGGAGACGCAGAACCGAGGGUUUAUGGAUCAGCGCUGCGGAACAGAGGCUCACGUCGGUCCGCAGAGAGUCCCGAGCCCGUCCUCCGGAGUCGACCACACGUCACUCAUUCCCCGCGGUGUUUGCAGUGCGGCGGCGUCAUGAGCGGAGCGGCUCUGGGCAUCGAGAUCGUGGUGGUGUUCUUCCUGGCUCUGUUCCUGCUGCACCGGUAUGGAGACUUCAGGAAGCAGCAGCGCAUGGUGCUGUUCGGCACGCUGCUCGCCUGGUACCUGUGCUUCCUCAUCGUCUUCAUCCUGCCGCUGGACGUCAGCACGACCAUCUACAAGCAGUGUAAGAUCGACCACGAGGAACAUGUGUCUGUUGCCACCGUCGUCCCACUGCCGGCCAAUCACACGUCAGCAAACACAUCGUCUGCCACGCCCACCAAAAGUGCACUGAAGCCGUGCUACAAGCCGUGGAGCUACAUCCCUGAUGGCAUCAUGCCCGUGUUCUGGAGGGUCGUGUACUGGACUUCCCAGUGUCUCACCUGGCUGCUGCUGCCCUUCAUGCAGUCGUACGCUCGCUCCGGAGGGUUCUCCAUCACGGGGAAAAUAAAGACGGCUCUGAUAGAAAAUGCCAUUUACUACGGAACCUACCUGCUGAUCUUCGGUUCUCUGCUCAUCUAUGUGGCCGUUCAUCCCGACUGGCAUCUGUCCUGGUACGAGCUGCAGACCAUCGGGAUCACGGCGGCCAACACGUGGGGUCUGUUCCUACUGGUGCUGUUGCUGGGUUAUGGCCUGGUAGAGAUCCCUCGCUCCUACUGGAACGCCUCGCGUCACGGACACCUGCUCGUCAAGACGUACUUCAAGGCGUCCAAGCUGAUGACGGAGAAGGCGGACGCCGAGGAGAACCUGGAGGACGUGAUGGAGGAAGUGAGGAAAGUCAGUGAAUCUAUCAAGUACAAUCAUCCACUGAGGAAAUGUAUCGACACCAUUCUCAGGAAGUGCCCGCUGGACUACCAGGAGAAGAUGGGCAGGAACAUGGACGACUACGAAGACUUUGAUGACAAACAGAACUCGUAUCCCAGUGAGAAGAGUCUGGUGAAGCUACACAAGCAGGUGAUCUAUGCGGUGCAGAGACAUAACAGGACUCGUGUGCAGUGGCAAAUCCUACUGCAUCAGGCAAUCCACCUGGAGGACGUGGCCAAGAACGAGACCAGCUCCACGCACCAGUUCGUCCACAGCUUCCCCCCGGCAGUGGCGGUGGCGAGCAGCUGGUUCAGCAGAUAUGUCUACACCCCGACUGUAGAGUGGUACUGGCAGUGUCUCCUGAAGUGUUGGUUCUACCGGCUGUUGUCGGUGCUGCUGACUCUGUUCAGCGUGGCCGUGGUUUGGUCUGAAUGCACCUUCUUCAGCACGCGACCCGUCCUCUCGCUGUUCGCCGUGUUCAUCCAGCUCGCCGAGCAAGACUACAACUACCUGUACAUCGAGAUGGCGUGUUUCAUCACCAUCUUCUUCCUGUGCACCUGCGUCUACUCCACCGUGUUCCGCAUCCGGGUUUUCAACUACUACUACCUGGCCUCGCACCACCAGACGGACGCCUACAGCCUCCAGUUCAGUGGCAUGUUGUUCUGUCGUCUGACUCCUCCACUCUGUCUCAACUUCUUGGGUCUGAUCCACAUGGACUCUGCCAUCUCCCACCAGCAGAAGGAGCAAACGGCCUACACCUCUAUCAUGGGAUCAAUGCGUGUUCUCUCCUUCAUCGCUAACGGCUUCUACAUCUACUACCCCAUGUUGAUCGUCCUCCUCUGCAUCGCUACGUACUUCAGUCUGGGAACUCGUUGUCUGAAUCUUCUGGGCUUCCAGCAGUUCUUGGGUGACAGUGAAAUGACCUCUGACCUGAUCGACGAGGGGAAGGAGCUGAUCCGACGAGAAAAGAGAAAACGCCAGAGGGUCGAAGACGGAGAGAACAGACGCAGAGAGUGGAAGGAGCGUUACGGGAACCAGAGGGAGGACGUGUCCGCGAGGAACCGGGGCAUCCACGAGCUGAAGGAGACCAGUUACUCCGACACCGUGAACUCCAGCAGCAACAGACAGGCCAAGUACUGUCGCUCUGGGAGUCGGGCGGAGAGAGACCACGUGGAGCUGCUGCAGGACGCAGAACCUCUGGACUUCAGCGCCGAGACUCUGACGGACGACGCUCCGGACGCAGAGUCUGGCAGACAUGCAGGAGGACGAUAUCUGUCCAUGUCGUCGUCACGCAGCCGCAUAUUUGACGACGUCUAACGGGAAGAGGAGAUCUGAACGAUCCGCCCACAGGAAGUGAAUGUACCACGUCUCCUCCACGCCCUCGUCUCCCAGCAUGCGCGGUAACUGAAGCCACAGAUCACGUGUUCGUGAAGCUCCGCCUCCUGAAUCUUUCCGCUUUGCAGCAGUUUUUCUCGUGGAGCAGGUCGAUGACGAGCCUCGUGAAGGAAGCGUCUGAAACUCGUCCUGUCGCUCUGUAACGUGUGAUCACGCACACACACGUGACUCUGCAGCAGCGACGCGUCACGUGACUUCACUGAGGUUUGAUGAAGGACCUGCAGCAGGUUUUAUUUAUAUACUUUCAUUUGAAAUGUCAGUGUUGAAGUUUUACUGUCGGAGACCUGAUGAGCAGGUUAUCUGGUCACUGACACGCGAUGAUGAUGUCACGUCACCUUCCGUCCAGUCAGAAGAUCGUUUCCACCAGAGUCCAACUCGUUUUCGUUGUCUCGAGAUAAGUUAUCUUGUUUUAUUUUCUUGAUAACGGGAUAAGUUAUCUCGUUGAAACUGUUCGCCCCUUGAUUCUCCCAUCACUGAGGAAAUGUGAUCAAUAAUCUGACGAUGUUCUGCUGCCCCCAAGUGGUCAAACAGUUACUGCUCAUUUAAUAAUUCAAACUCGAAUGUAUUUGAAUCAAAACGUUAAAAACAAUUAUGACAACUUCAACAUCAGUGUAAUUAUGAUAAGUAUGAUGAUGAUGAUGAUGACGCGUCUUUGAUUUGUAGCAUAUGGACUAAAACAAACAGGUGCAAAUAUCGUUAGCAUUUCGUUAGCACUCGGUCCCUAACGAAGAGUCCAGUGGCUGUUCACCUUCACAUCCUUGCUCGGUCAGUGACACUGUAUAUAUGUAUGAUAUCUUUUGUAUUAUAUGGGCUCAUUAAUGAUCUCGAUGAAGACGUGACUUUGUAUUUAUGAAAAGAUUCUCGCCGCCCGAUCGUUCUCGCCUCUGAACUCCCUCUGCCUCGUCGUUCUGCUGAUUCUGGUCAUGAAGAAUUUUGUCUCCUGAUUAUCUGAAUAUUUAUUGUCCUUGUGAUCACAGCACAUUUUAUUUGUAGAUAUGAUCCCUGUGAUUGACAGUAGUGAAAUAUUACUCAGAGAAAAGAUGAUGUGUAGUUCACCGUGUGUCCGUCAAUAAAAGUUAUCAGAGA